UACUUCUUUUCAAUCUUAACUUCUUUGCCUAGCAGUGACGGCAGAGUGACAGGAACGGCAAAAGUCUGCGUUGGUACCCUUCUCUUUGUCGUUAGACCACAGAGAGUGCCAGGAGAGACCACGGAGGAACAAUGUUACGACGAAAACCUUCCAAUGUUUCAGAGAAGGAGCAGGUGCAGGAGAAAGUGCAGAAAAAGAAGCUCACCCUGCAGAGGUCCAGCAGCUUCAAGGACUUCAUGAAACCCAAGUCCCCGGUGGUGGUGGACAAGGAGUUCAACUUGGACCACACAGUGCCAGAGGAUGGGCCCAUGGAGGACGCUGGGAAAAGUGGCGGUAAGCAGGGGAAGAAAUCGUGGCGUAACGUCAUCUCCCGCACCAUGACCCGGAAAACCUCCAAGAGAGUUCAGAAGGUCCUGUCAGAGGAGGGUGGGGAGAGCGGUGAGGAGGGCUCCCCAUCCCCCACUGCAGACUGGAUUCACGACCUGACACCGGGCAACAGGACAUCCGUGUGCUCCACAGGCUCUGAGGACACACUGCACAGCCCUGUCUCACGCCAGCUCUCUGGCUGUGGGGACCGCCAAAGCCUGGACAGUGGCUACAGUCAGAGAGACAGCAUGAGGCUGGAGGAGGCCGGCUCUCUCUACACAGGCCCCUUCUGUGGUCGCGCCCGUGUCCACACAGACUUCAUCCCCAGCCCCUACGACAUUGAGUCCCUCAAGCUUCAAAAAGGUGACAUCAUUCAGAUAAUUGAGAAGGACCCAGUUGGCACCUGGACUGGAAAGCUCAACAACCGGGUGGGCACCUUCAAGUUCAUCUACGUCAACAUCCUACCGGAGGAGUCCACGCCACCCAUGAGGAAGAGGUGCCACAGCAAGAACCGCCGCUCCAAGGUCAAACCCAAGCCUCAGACUCUGGAGGAAGUUCUUGAAAGGAUCGGUCUCACAGAACUGGGCCCUUUGCUGUCCAUGCACGGCUUCCAGAGCCUGGAGGAUUUUAGAGGGCUGAAGGAGUCCCACCUCAACGAGCUCAACAUCACAGAAGCUGAACAACGCACCAAGAUCUUGACUGCAACAGAGUUGCUGCGUGACUCGGACGACGACUCAGAGUCUGAGAACGAGACGAGCCCUGAGAAGUGUGACAUACCCAGAGACUCGGGCUGCUUCGAGAGUCCGGAGAACCUAGAGAACGGGCGCCCAGAAACCGAGGGAGAGACGGGUUCCGAGACAAAUGUGAACCCGGAGCCAGAGCAGCAACAGGGAGGAGAGGAGCAACAGAGUUCUCUUGAGGACCAACUGCAGGAACUUAAUGUGGACGAGGAGGUCUCCUGAGAGAUGAAUAUCAGAGAAGCUCUGGAACUGAAGAGAACCAUUCUUGGUAGAUUUUUCCAUGGACAUUCAUCAAAAACCGACUGCUCAUUCAACCCGUCAGAAUAUAUUGACAAAGUCAGGAUAAAGUAAUAUUACGUAGGACGGAGUGUUUUUAAAACUGUGGUCUCCACUUUUGAGCACAGUGCCGUAACUGUAGCAUAAGCUCUACUUGUAGCCAGAAACCUGUUGCCUGGAUACGUUUUGAAAGGUUUUGCAUGUAGUUGUACAUCAGAAACCUCAUUGUUUACAUAGUAGUGGAUGCAAUUACAAAACCUGACAUGCAGAUGGUGCAGUUAAACACGUUUAUCUACAUCAUCGCUAUAAAAUCUAAGGGUUUAUAACUUGGAGGCUAGCAGGCAAGGGAGGCAAUGUAAAUUAUCAGUUAGAUAAAGCCUGAAGUAUGAUGUACUCAUUGGAUACAGCUACACCCAUCAACCGUCUUGCGUGUUGCAUGCUGUAAUUGAAAUCUCUGUAGAGUUACUAUAGUCAACAUUAGUGUUUGCUGUCCUGAUACAGUCCAGCUGGGAUUGUGUGCAUCAGACAAACGCGCUUGUUUGUGAACCAAUAAUGUUGCUGAACAUGUUUUAGAAGAAUGCAAGUCUUUCGAAAGUAACUUUUUUUAAGGUAAAGAUUGCAGUGGAUGGGCUUAUGGUUGUGUUCAGUCCCUUUCAUUUAUACUAUGCUAUUUCAGCUUUUAUAUAUAGCAGUCUAAGUGGAUUUUACAUGAACUGUUAUCAUACAGAUGAUCAUCAUGGCAGGGUACUUGCAUGAUGUUCCCACAGAGAUAUUAAGACCUGAGUAAGGGAAUACAAACUGCAUCAAGUGUGAUUCAGACAUGUUCACAAAUGUCUUCAUUAGUAGUAUGAUUGUACUUAUCUGUAACUGUACUCGUUUCUCCUUUAUUUUGUCAAGUGUUAUCUGUUCCCUUUGAACAUUUGAGGUAUUUGAAUGUAAAGUUAAUGUGUAAUAUUAGUUUGCAUGUAAUUUUCAACUUUUAUUUUGAGAAAUAUUUUGUUAAUGACCUAUGAAUGGAAUUGAUGUUGAGAUUUUAGAGCACAAAAUCAACUUCGCUAUGUUGUUUUACUUCAUUGUUGGUGUGUUGAUCAAAACUUGUCUGUCAUUGUUGUAAGGACUUUUCCGUAUCAGAGAACACUCCCAAUAUUCCUGCUGGGCAAACUUAAUGCCAUGAAAAAGGGUUAACCUUUUCUAUAUCACCAUAUUCAUAACAAAGUUUUAGUAAGCAGCUGGACUCAAUUAGCAACCAAACCUCCAGGAUCUAAAAACACGGGAAAGGGAAAAAGCACCUCUAUAAAUCCUAAAUGGAGUUUGUGUCUCGACUUGAAAACGCUCCUGCAGCAUGAGAACUACCAACUCUUCUUUAUUGGUUUGGUGAUCAUAGCCCCAGUUAGUCUGGCAGACACUUAAGAAUCAAAAUCCCAUGAUAAAAACUACAGUACCUGAAAGCAGAUUUUAUGGCAUUUUGAUCAGACUAUUAUCAUGCAUUGACAGCGAGGAACCCCUCCUAUAAACCAUUCUAGUCUUCAUAACACAAGUGAUGGAGAGAGCUUGGAAUUGAUUUACCCAUUUGUGGAUCUGUACAUAAAGUUGGACUGUCUUCAGUGAGUUUGAAAAUUAGUCAUCUUUCAGGUGGGUAAUGUAUCGGUUAUGUUUGGAUUUCCUUUUUUCUGUUUCUGUGUUCUGAAUACCCAGAAUAUUUUGUAAGUUCUCAAAUAAGUCCUGUCUGCUUGUGUGGUCAAUAAAAAAAAAUACAAAAUUCAGAUGUGAAGAUGGCAUUACACUUUAUCGAACAUUGUGGCCCACCCAUGUUAAUUAAACCUGUCGCAAACAUGCUUCCAUUAGUCUGCUUUAUUUUCUUUUGUUGAUUUUUAAUGGGACAAUUUACAGGAAUCUGGGGAAACCCAGCACUAAAAUAUUGUCAUUGCAAUAAUUGAGACAAAACUACUAAUAAUAAAGACAAUAUAAUUUAA